CGUCACUUUAGAAGAAGCCCAGUACAGGAAGAAUCUUCGGAGAUGGUUUGUGUUUAUAAAAUUCCCAUCUGAUGAAAGAUCGAUAUUUUCUUUGUUGAAGAUCUGUCUCAUUUCUGUAUUAACACCAGAGAUGGAUCAGAAGAAGACGGUUAUUGUGACAGGUUUUGAGCCGUUCGGUGAGCACACGGUCAAUGCCAGCUGGGUGGCAGUACAGGAGCUGAAGAAACUGGGUUUGGGUCCAGAUAUAAACCUUCAUGUUGCUGAAGUUCCUGUGGAGUAUCAAGCGGUCCAGACUCUUCUACCGUCACUAUGGAAACAGCAUCUCCCACAUUUAGUGGUCCACGUUGGAGUUUCCGGAAUGGCCACCACGGUAACACUUGAACAGUGUGGUCAUAACCACGGUUAUCUUCGUCUUGACAACAGCAGAUUCUGUCCUAAGUCCCGUUGCUGUAUGGAGGGAGGCCCGGAUUGCCUUCAUUCUGUCAUAGACAUGGAUGUUGUGUGUCGGAGAGUGAACUCAUCUGGGCUUGGGGUCACUGUGUCUGUGUCAAAGGAUGCAGGGAGAUAUCUGUGUGAUUACACCUAUUACAUGUCGCUGUACCUGGGUGAGGGUAGAUCUGCGUUCGUUCAUGUUCCUCCCCUGGGUAAUCCCUACAGCCCAGAGGAGCUCGCGCGCGCCCUCAGGGCCGUUGUCCUGGAAAUGCUCGAACUGAUGGAGCACAGCGACGGGACGAAACACUGCAUGCACCACCAAUGAGAACGGAGGGGCGAGUCUCGAGCGGCUCGCUCACUACACAUGUAGCCUGGUUUUGGAUUCGGGGGUUAGGUGUCUUAACUUGCGUGCUACAUUACAGGAGCAUUCAGCUGGUUUGAGAUACACCCUAUGUUUUAAACUCAAUCCAACAGUUGUGCUCAAGCAGGAUAGGAGGCAUUUUAUGGGGUAUACUUGAAAUAUGCAGGGAUUUGAUGCAUAAUAGUCAAGUCUUCUAAAAGUAAACUUUUUAGGAGCAGUUCACCUAAAAAGUCGUUACCCUGGUGAUUUUAUGUUAUUUGUGGAACACAGGCAUACAUUUGUGGACAAAAAUGUUGGCACCCUUGGUAAAUAUGAGCAAGAAAAGAUGUGAAAAUAAAUCAAUGUUUCUCCUUUUGAGCUUUUAUGUAAAACAAUCACAAAAAUCCAAUGUUUCAUUCAAAUAAAACAAUUGAAAGUGGGGAGGGGUACAUUAUAAAAUAAAAAAAUUCUCUAAUACACUAACUCUAAUUUUUAUGUGUAAAAUAUCUCCUAUUGAUAUUAACAUUUUCUUAGCACACCAAGGUGACAUGAUGUUGUUCAGUCUACUGUUUUACAGGGAAAUAAAUAUAAAGUAGCACAAAGCCAGAAUCCCCUUAAUCAUUCAUCAAAAUGGGUGAAACCAAAUACUAUAGUUUUGAUGUGCUGCAAAAAGAUUGCUGAGCUACACAAUAUAGAAAGUGGCUUUAAAGAAAUAGUUAAGACCAUAUAAACAUAUAUUUCCACAGCUAGGGCAAUAACGAAGAGGUUUUAAUCGAUUGAAGAUUUUGCAAAACUGCCUGAAAGAGGAUGUGUGACUAUAUCAUCUAUAUUCAAAAGACUCUCCAAGGAUCACAGAUGGAGAACUUCAGAAAUCUGUUGAAUCUUGUGGUCAGAAAGCUUUAAAAUAAAUAAAUAAAAGAAAAAAGGGCUCUUCGAUCACCACAAGUUGUUUGGGACACAGUUUAGGAAAUCCUCUGCUCUCGUGCAUAUUCAUUUGUCGUACUGGAACUUUAAACAGGUCCGAGUUCUGCGGCCAUAUGAAACCAAAAAGACUUUAUUAAAAAGAGCAACAGGAAUACAAGAUGCUUGUAUAAAGUGCUCUGUGUCUAAAGUUAAAUAUACAGCCAGAUCCUUAUUGAUGUGAAGCUUUUUUUACACCAGAGGUCCUGGACAUCUUAUUCAGAUAGAUUGCAUCAUGGAUUAAAUCAAAUACCAACAGAUAAAAAAGCCAAAUCUUGACUUCCUCUGCUGCUUAUAAUGAGUUGUGGUUAAAUCUUCCAUCAAAACAAAUCUAAGAUCACGUGCCAUUAAUUCUUUAACCUAAAAGAAGAAUCAGAGCUGUUAUACUUGCAAAUGAAGGUAGAAAAUAGUAUUGGGGGGAAAAGUUUUAUUAUGUAACUUUCCCCCAGCUUUCAAAUAUUUUUCUUCAGUGAAACACAAGAUUUUUUUGUGAUUUUUUUUAUAUAAAAGAUAAAAGAGAAACAAUGCAGAUGUAUUUUCCCAGCUUUCUUUUCUCAUAUUUAUCAAGCAUAUUUGCCAAUAUUUUUGUCCACAACUGUAUAGCGGCAAAUUUUUGAAGUGACUGCAUGGUGCUUUUAUGUAUUUACUUUCAUUAAAUGGAAAAUCAUAUCUACUGUAUGUGAUGUAAAUGAACGUCAUUUUGAUUUGGUACAAAUAAGGGGGAGUAAAUGACUUUUCAUAAAUGAAAAUAGUAGGGUUAGGUGAUUCUGUUUAUAUUCAUUUUCAUUGGAUCAUGUAUUUCUGCAGUAUUAAUACAAGGUUGUUUCAUCUGCAAAUUUCAAAUAUACCCCAACCACACCGGAUAAAAGCACAGCCUUUGCUAUCAUUCAUUACAAAACCACUACCAUUGUAUAAGAAUAUCUUAAGAAUACAAAUAUUUUCAUGUACAAAACACAAAGAGGCCUAAAUCUGAUGCCUUUUGAGUAACCCAAUGUGUGUUGCUCUCAGUGAGCUGUUAGGACAUCAGGACUGCUGUCACAGACUCCAACCACUGUUCACUUUUAUCUCUUUAUAUAUGACAUGUGAAGUUGUGAGACCUAGGGUGAUGUAUCUCUGUGGACAUUAUUUCAUAUGCUGUCCUUACAUUUUGUUCACACUCUCUAUGAUGACUAUUGAUGACCAAUGGACAGUAUAUAUGUAUAUUAACAUGUUAUAUGACUUGGUUUUAAUAGUCUUCUUUAGCUUUUAACUUGUUUUUCUUAACUUUAUACUGGAAUCUAAGUCAUCGGUCAAAUGCAGUGGACCAAACACAUGAUGCUGUGAAUCUUGACUCCUUUUUUAAUAUUCAGUGGCUGAAACAGAAUGUUAUUUUCAGGAUAUUUUUGUUUUUAUUGUUAAAUGUUCUCAACCUGAUUCAUGUGGAAAACUGUUGUGAUUUAACUCUUCUAACUUUCCACGAUCUUUUACAAACUAAAUGUCAAUAAAUAAUGAUCUGCCUUA